CUUGCUGUGUAAUGCGGAAAUUUUGGUUUGAGAUGCCCAGCUCGGGCACAUAGUUUCUUUGGUCAACAUUGCUCCUGCAGUGUACACCGUUUUGUCAGCACUCUUCAUCUGCAAGUGUACUUAUGACUGCGCCUCCAGUCGGUCACUUUGGCGAUAUUGUUGCAACUCUUUUUUCACUUUCAUUUGAGCAAGCGGUUUGAUACCCAAUUCCUUUCGUUACAGGCCUGAAAAUGUGGGGAUCCUCCAUUCCACCCUCGGAACGAGACAAUCGUCGUAACCCAUGGCAUGACGAUGAUUAUCUUCGCAGUGGGAGGGAAGAAGCAGUAACUCCUGGUAGCCAAAGCGACGAGAGCCCCGAUAGUGAUCGUCUUGAGCGAGCGGGAACAUGGGGCGAACGCGACGCCGGAAAGCUCGACUCAAAGACCGCAGCAGAAGAUCUCGAGGUGCUCCGAGGAGAGCUUGCCUCAUUGUCCAGGUCGCGAUCACGCGGAGCCCAAUCGCAUCGAUCAGAUGCUUUAUCUCGGACUGUUAGUAGGAUCAGCGCUCGACAGACCCAACGUCGAGGGUCGGUUGCCCGUGCCGAGGAAGACACAGGCGACGUGGAGGACGACAAGUCUGGUGAUAUUGGAGGCACCCUCGCUAGCGAAAAGGAAGACGAUUUCGAACUUGGCCAAUUCAUGCGCGAAGGACACUUUGAGAAGCGGAAGAAUGGUCAAUCAGCCAAGAAGGUUGGCGUCGUCUACAAGAACCUCACAGUCAAGGGCGUAGGAUCUACCGCAUCUUUUGCGAGAACCUUGCCCGAUGCUAUCCUGGGAACUUUUGGUCCGGAUCUUUACCGCAUUGUAACAAACCUGUUUCCAGCACUCAAGUUUGGAAAGAACAAGCAUAUGCGGACUUUGAUUCAUGACUUCUCCGGCGUUGUCAAGGAUGGAGAGAUGAUGCUAGUCCUAGGACGACCUGGAUCUGGUUGUUCAACCUUUCUCAAAGUCAUUGCUAACAACCGGGAGAGCUAUGCUGCUGUCGAAGGUGAGGUGUCGUAUGGCGGUAUACCUGCCGACAAGCAGAGGAAACAGUUCAGGGGCGAAGUCAACUACAACCCAGAAGACGACUCUCAUAUGGCUGACCUGAAUGUGUGGCAGACACUCAAGUUUGCCCUUACCAACAAGACCAAGAAGCAUGAGAAGCAUGAGAUUCCGAUUAUACUUGAGGCACUCCUCAAAGUUUUUGGUAUAUCCCACACAAAGUACACAAAGGUGGGAGACGAGUACGUUCGAGGAGUCAGUGGAGGCGAGCGAAAGCGUGUCUCAAUUGCCGAGACUCUUGCCACCAAGAGUACGGUCAACUGUUGGGAUAACAGUACUAGGGGUCUCGAUGCGAGUACUGCUCUUGACUACGCCAAGUCGUUGCGUAUCAUGACCGACAUGAGUAAUCGCACAACGCUAGUCACUCUUUAUCAAGCAGGCGAAGGCAUCUAUGAGCUAAUGGACAAAGUCAUGGUCAUUGACGCUGGUCGAUGCAUCUACCAGGGUCCAGCAAGUGCUGCAAAGCAGUACUUCAUCGACCUCGGCUUCAAGUGUCCGGAGCGCCAAACCACGGCCGAUUUCCUGACUGCAGUAACCGACCCCACCGAGCGUCAGUUCCGUUCUGGCUUUGAGGGCAAGGCACCCAAAACGCCAGAGGAACUCGAAAAGGCGUAUCGCAAGAGUGAGGCAUACAAGAGCGUAAUCAGGGAGUUGCAGGAGUAUGAAGAAGAGCUAGAGCGAAGCGGAUAUAUGGAUGCCAAAGAGUUCGAGGGAGCCGUCCGCGAGAGCAAGAGCAAGACUGUACGCAAAAAAUCGCCCUUCACUGUCUCCUUCUUCCGCCAGGUCAUCGCCUGUACGCAGCGAGAAUUCUGGUUAACCUGGGGCGACAAGACGACGCUCUACACCAAGUUCUUCAUCAUCAUCUCCAACAGUUUUAUCGUCGGGUCACUGUUCUAUGGCCAAGCUAUGGAUACUUCUGGUGCCUUUACCCGUGGCGGUUCUGGUUUCUUUUCCAUUCUCUUCCUCGGCUGGCUCCAGCUGUCUGAGCUUAUGAAGGCAGUGUCUGGACGUGACGUUGUCAAAAGACACGAGGAUUACGCUUUUUACCGACCCAGUGCCGUGGUCAUCGCUCGCGUUGUGCAGGAUUUUCCCCUGUUGCUUGCGCAGGUCAUUCCGUUCUCGAUCAUUAUGUAUUUCAUGAAUGGUCUUGACACCGAUGUUUCCAAGUUUUUCAUCUACUUUCUCUUCAUUUACACCACCACAUUCUGCGUUACCGCGCUGUACCGCAUGUUUGCUGCUCUAUCCCCGACUAUCGAUGAUGCAGUGAGAUUUGCUGGUCUCGCACUCAAUCUCCUCAUCAUCUACACUGGCUAUGCUAUCCCCAAGACGCAGCUGCUAAGCAAAUACAUUUGGUUCGGAUGGUUAUACUGGGUCAAUCCGGUCGGGUACUCCUUUGAAGCUGUCCUCACUAACGAGUUCUCCGACCGGACGAUGGAGUGUGCUCCCAGCCAGCUGGUGCCUCAGGGUCCCGACGUUGACCCUGCUUUCCAAGGAUGCAGCUUAACAGGUGCAACGCCGAACUCGAGAUCAGUAUCCGGUGCAGACUACCUCGAGGCGUCGUUCAACUACUCACGGGCAAAUCUUUGGCGUAAUUUUGGCGUUGUGGUAGCCUUCGCUGUGCUGUAUAUCUUGGUGACAGUAAUUGCCACUGAGACGAUUUCCUUUGCAAAGUCUGGCGGGGGUGCGCUGAUCUUUGCAAAGACUAAGCGUGCAAAGAAGGUUGUCAAGGAAGAUGGCCCUACGGAUGAAGAGAAGGUGGUGUCUGGUGAGUCGGUGUCGAGCUCCAACACUACUGCCCAUGAGGAAGAGGCACUCGAGGUCAUUUCAAGCAGCGAAAGUGUCUUUACCUGGAAAGAUGUCGAAUAUACCGUUCCGUAUCAGGGAGGAGAGCGCAAACUUCUCAACAAAGUCAACGGAUAUGCGAAACCUGGUGUCAUGAUUGCGCUCGUUGGUGCCUCGGGUGCGGGCAAGUCGACUUUGCUCAACACCCUUUCACAGCGACAGACAACUGGAGUGGUUUCUGGAGAAUUUCUUGUCGAUGGCCGUGAUCUGGGGAAAGCAUUCCAACGCGGAACUGGCUUCUGCGAGCAAAUGGAUCUUCAUGACGGCACGGCCACGAUUCGCGAGGCCCUCGAGUUCUCUGCUCUCUUGCGACAGGACAGGAAGACACCUCAGAAAGAGAAGCUAGACUACGUCGAUAAGAUUAUCGAACUCCUCGAACUCGAGGAUAUCCAAGAUGCGCUAAUCGAGAGCCUGGGCGUCGAGCAGAAGAAGCGUCUAACCAUUGGAGUUGAGCUUGCUGCAAAGCCCUCACUCUUGCUUUUCCUCGAUGAACCCACAAGUGGUCUCGACAGCAACUCUGCGUAUUCAAUUGUACAAUUUCUCAAGAAGCUCGCACAGGCCGGCCAAGCCAUUGUCUGCACCAUCCACCAGCCCAGCAGCGUCCUAAUCCAGCAAUUCGACAUGAUCCUGGCCCUCAACCCGGGCGGCAACACCUUCUAUUUCGGCCCCGUAGGCGAAAACGGCAAAGACGUAAUCGACUACUUUGGCUCCCGCGGCGUCCACUGUCCUCCCAGCAAAAACGUCGCAGAAUUCAUCCUCGAAACCGCCGCCAAACCCAUCAAGCGCGCAGACGGCACCAAAAUCGACUGGAACGACGAGUGGCUCAAAUCCCCCAACAACGCCCAGCUCCUCCAAGAAAUCGAAACCAUAAAGUCUUCCCGUAGUAAACUCUCUCCACCCACCCAAAACGACGAAGAUGCAGGCGCAGAAGACACCGAAUUCGCAGCCUCAACCUGGACCCAAACCCGCCUCCUAACCGCCCGCACCCUAACCCAAUACUGGCGCUCCCCCUCGUACCUCUACUCCAAACUCUUUGUCUCCUUGAUCCUCGGUCUCUUCAACGGCUUCACCUUCUACUCUCUCGCCACCAGCACUACAGACCUACAGAACAGACUCUUUACCAUCUUCCUCAUCGUGCUCCUCCCGCCCACCAUCGUCAACGGCGUAGUCCCCAAGUUCUACUCGAAUAUGGCUUUGUGGACCGCCCGCGAGCUACCUUCUAGGAUAUAUGGGUGGACUGCGUUUUCGACGGCGCAAGUUGUGGCGGAGGUACCCGGGGCGGUGGUAUCGAGCGUCGUGUACUUUCUCCUCUGGUAUUUUCCUACGGGUCUGCCGGCGGAUAGUGCGACGGCGGGGUACGUGUUCCUCAUGACACUCUUGUUCUUCCUCUUCAUAUCGAGUUGGGGCCAGUGGAUCUGUGCCUUCGCCCCCUCCUUCACUGUUAUAUCCAACGUUUUACCGUUUUUCUUCGUCAUGUUUGGCCUUUUCAACGGGGUCGUACGCCCGUUUGCUAUGAUGCCGGUUUUCUGGCGGUACUGGAUGUACUAUGUUAACCCCGCAACAUACUGGAUUGCUGGGGUGCUGGCGGCGACGAUGACGGGAGUGCCGGUUCAGUGUAGUGAGAAGGAGACGGCGGUUUUCGAUACCCCAGGUGGCAUGUCGUGCCAGGAGUAUGCGCGGCAGUUUUUGGAGUCCGCACCUGGGUACUUGGUGAAUCCGAAUGCAACGGCUGGGUGCCAGUACUGUGCGUAUAGUGUGGGCGAUGAUUACCUUGCGUCGCUGAAUAUUGCGGCGGGGGAUAAGUGGAGGGAUUUUGGCAUUUUCCUCGCGUUUUGCGUGAGUAAUUGGGCGUUGGUGUAUUUCUUUGUGUGGAGUGUUAGGAUUAAGGGGUGGAGCUUUGGGUUUGCGACUGUGUUUGGGGCGCUGGGGAAGGGUGUUAAGAGGGUCAAGGGGACGGUGAGGAGGAACAAGGCUUGAUCAUAUGGACCAAGAUAGUGAGUAUCUGGAAAUCGUAAAUUGCGUAUAUAGCCAUAUGAUAGCAAUGUCGCUAGCCCAUCGUCUUCCAAUCAUCGUCAAGUCAUGUC